AAUCCGAUCACUAUUUAGAAUAACAUCACUACAUUUAUAAUGACGCUUCGCUUUAAGGGUCUCACUGCCGUCUGUCAGAUCAGCUGAUCUCCUCAUCGACCUAAACAGCUAACGCUAGCUCAACGUAGCCGGUGGGGAACAUUAUGAAAGAACAUGGCGAUUUAAUACCACACGAUAAGAUCCUGGCUUUGGUAAGGAAUUGAGAGCUUCUGGCCACCAACCAGAUUGAAAGCUUUAACUGGUAACUAAGUAUGUCUUAUCAUUGAGAAUGGGAGGAAGUGGAUCCAAAGCCAAAGGUGUCUGGCCUUUCUCAGGCAAUGGAGCUGGAGGGGAGGCAGCCAGUGAUGGGACCGAGCAGUCUGUGACCCGCCUCAAAGCUUCCAGAAAUGCAACCCCGUUUGUUUUCACCAGGAGGAGUUCUUUGUACUACGACGAAGACGGUGACCUUGCCCAUGAAUUCUAUGAAGAGACGGUUGUGACAAAAAAUGGCAGGAAAAAGUCCAAGUUGAAGAGGAUCCAGAAAAAUCUGAUUCCACAGGGAAUGGUGAAGCUGGACCACCCAUGUAUUCAUGUAGAUUUCCCCAUCAUCAUCUGUGAGGUGUGAAGUUGCACAGGACUGAUCUACUAUGAAGUGCAGCCACAGGUUCUCUAUUUGGAGCAAAGUCUGGUCCCAGUGUUCAAGCAUUACACUCAAGACGAGUUGUCUCUGGAGAGAAAAAUGAAAAAUCCAACUGAUAUAUUGAAUGAAAUGUCAUACAUUUUUAUUCAACUAAGAUCAGAUGGUGCCCUGUUCACAAAAUCAAUAUUUUGAUAUCCACUAAAGUAGUGUUGGUACAGGUUGUGUGUCCACUACCCAGCUGAUAUGUAGGCAGUCUAUACAAUACAUCAAAUGGAGCUGUAUUUUUCUUGUGAGUUCUUUGCAGGGAAUAACAUCCUCGAUUUGAAAAGGCUUUAACGUUUUAUGCCUUCUGUGGGACGUAGAGUGAGUGUCUUUGUACGUGUACAUGUGUGCACUUAGGUUUGUUUGAGGGAAUGUGUGUGACAGAAAGACUGAGGAUGUAGUUACAGGGUAGAAUAAUUAAGGAUUGUGAAAUGUAUUGUAUAUAUGGUCAUGUUCUGUAUUGUCAUGUCUGAGUCUGUCUCAGUAACCGGAGCUCAGACCUGCACUAGUGAACAUAAUGUACUGUAAAUAAUAUCAGAUUUCUUAGUUGGAAUUACUUGAAUAAAUGGUUUACUGAGCGGAA